CUGAACAUCUGUUAUAAACUAUUUUUAAACAUGUUUUUCAGUGUGUGAUGAUCGACCAGUUGGUUUGUCUUCAUGUCAGAUUGAAGCAUUUUCUAACCUGAACUUCUUUUUUCUUUGAACCCAGAAUCAUGAAUGACCUCGGAGGAGUGACGGCCACCUUCAACCAGUCCUCCAUCAGAACCAACGUCACCGAAUCCUGCAACCCGGUCGACGCUUCGGCCCGCCUCUUCCUUAUGAUCAUCUACAGCCUGGUGUUCCUGGUGGGUUUGCUGCUGAACGGCUUCACCCUGAAGGUUUACUUCUGUGGAUCUCAGCAGCAGCAGACGUCCAGCUGCGUUAUCAUCUACCUGAAGAACCUGGUGGCCGCCGACUUCCUGCUCAGCCUCUGCCUGCUCAUCAAAAUCACGAACUACGCCUCCGACUCCUUCCAGGUCCGCCUCGUCUACUGUAACUUCGGCGCCUCCACCUUCUACCUCAACAUGUAUGCCAGCAUUCUGUUCAUGGGCUACAUCGCCGCCAACAGGUAUCUGAAGAUCAUCCAUCCUUUAGGAACUCACUUCCUGCAGACGGUCCGAGCCGCCCACAUCAUCUCCACGGGAACCUGGGGUUUCCUCCUGGCCACCACCAGCGCCUACAUCCUGGUGUCUCUCCUGACACGGAAAGUCCCUGACUCCCUCCCCAACAAGAUGCGGUGUGACGACCUGCACAGCUCCCAGCUCCACCUGCUCUACAAGAUCAUCCACACCUGCUCCGUCAUCAUCUUCCUAGCGGUCCUUGUCUCCCUCGUCUUCUUCUACCGCAGCAUUUCCCGCCGGCUGUCGGAGGCGCAGGAGAGGCAGCCGGCGUCCUCCGGCUCCAAGAAGCUCGCCAAGUCCCGCCGCAACAUGCUGGUGCUGGUGAGCGUCUUCUGCGUGUGCUUCGUCCCGUACCACCUGGUCCGCCUGCCGUACGCCUUCCGAUCCCGCUGGUGGUGCUCCUGGGACCGGGUGUUCUACUACGUGAAGGAGCUCACCAUCAUGGUGUCGGUGCUCAACGUGUGCCUGGACCCGCUCAUCUACUUCAUCUUCUCCAAGGCCUUCAGGUCGCAGCUGAGGCUAAGGAGGGUGUUCAGCAGCGCUCAGGCCACCGCCAACGCGACCGGCGCCGAGCGGCGGAGCAGCGACGGACGAAUCAGCGGCAUCAGGAUCCACAGCAUGACCACGAGGCACAUCGGCGUCCUGUAGGGAUUCAUGCCAAUAAACAGCAACAAAUGUGUCCAAAAACUGACGCCUGCUGGUAAAAAUCCAGCCGACAGAACAUUUCAAGACUUCGAAAAGCCCACAAAAUCCAUAAAAGAUGUUAAAAAGUACCAGCAAGAGUACAAGGUACAAAAUAACAGCAAAUAUUUGGAAAAUAAUUAUACUUUCCAGCUAAUUUAUAUGAAGCAAAACUGUGUAAUUUUAA